AUGAUUUCAACUCUGGCACGGACCACAGCACAAAAAAAGAAACGCAAAAAACUCCCCAAGUCCUGCAAAUGAUCGAAUGGUGGUGAUUUUACUAUUGCCGCCAUAUUCAACAAAUGGCUGUGAUGGAAGAAGUUCAAACGAUAGCAGUAGCCCCGCCACAACAGCAUCUACAACAUCGACCGGUGACACUGCCAUACCGGCGGCCAGCUAUGCAGCCGGUCAAUAUCAACCAAAGAUCGGCCAAGAGGACCAACAAUACCGGGGACACGGAAAUGACGCAUGGAACUAUCAGUACCACAACACAACACCGACAACAACUGACGAAGAGAGUAAUACUAGUCAUUAUCACUGUUUUCAGAGUCCAGGUUCAAUAUCACCACCCCCGCCACCAUUACCCACAAGCAAACCACCGAGUUAUGUUCCUUUUGGCAGUGACUGGCUGCCGCCGCCGCCACCGCCCGCACCAGAGCCCAAGCUGUGUAAUGUUGUACCAAAACCACCCCGUUAUCGAUCACAGCCAACAUUGGAGACCAUACUGGAACAUGUUGUCAGUGAUCCAGUCCAGUCCACAACAUCCAAUGAGAGAGUGGCACAGACAACACAAGGAACACAAAUGUUCACAGGCUCAUAUCCAGCUGCGGGCGCCUAUUAUCCUACGAAUAGCGGUGGUCCACUUCCUCCGGCUCCUUCUGCUCCACCUGCAAAUAACAAGAACAACAAAAACAAAACCCACAAAUCUUCGUACAACUACAGCAAUAACAAUAAUUCUAAUUAUUUUACUAACACCACCACCACUAACUAUGUCCGACACGUAACCCGUGUUAAUUUCUAUGAUGUCGAUACUUCCCAGGUCGAGUACGAAUCUAGAGAUUACGAUGGCGAUGAUGCUGUGGCUGAAAAUAAAGAUGACUGUGAUCUGGACGAUGAUAAUGAUUGUAAUAUAGAAGCUAUAACCAAAGAAGAAGAAUGGAUAACAAAACGAAAAACCGAACUUACCACAACCCGUCAAAUCGAAACCCAUGUCAAGCGUCAAAUACGUUUUGAAGAUGGCAAAGUUAUUGAGGAUUCUGGUCCCAUUGUAUCAACAAAUACCACCGAGGAUACGGAUAAACAAGAAACUGAAACGACAGAGAAACAUGAUUUGGGCCUACCUUUAACCAGCCUAAACGGUGGUGGAGUAGAUGGCAAAACAAAAGGUGCUCUACCACCUGGUACCACCGGAUCAAAAAAUGGAGAAUUGGCUGAGUUGGCGGGCAGCGGAGGUACCCUUGUUAAAACUAUGGUACCCAGACCGGCUGAUGGUCUGGUUAGAGAGAUCAAUGACAAGCGUGUAGUGUCUCAUGAAGAAACCAAGAAUUACAUCGAAGUGGAAGAUGUACAACAUCGUGGUGAUUUUUCCGAUGAGGCCUUCGUAAAAGCUGUUACAAGUGGAGUUGAGAACGUCGAAGAAGUACUGUUUUCGCCAGACAGCCAAAAACAAUUGGUCCCAACCGGUCCCCGAGUAGUUGCCAAUAAAACCAAAUCCUUUAAGACCAUCGAUUCGGAGGAUGUUGUAAAACGUUCCCUGGCCCAAGAGGAUGGUAAAAUUAUAACCGAACAAAAGAAGACAACCGAGCAUGAGAUAAUUGUCGACAAGGAAUUGUCGGACGACGACGAGGCUAAAUCGACUGGAAGUCAGGAACGUGUAAAAACUUUAGAAACCAAUCAACGAUUUUUCAAACAACGGGAUGAACAACAUGUGGACUUGGUCAAAGAUGGCAAAGUGGUAGGCACAGAAAUGAAAUACGCCGCCGAAACCAUGCAAAUGGAUAAUGACGAUAUGUUGGAACGUCCUGAUGAUUGGGAUAGUUUAUCAGAUCGUAUGCGAAAAAUGCGUAAACCGUACAAUAAAUCUGUAAUGCAGCACCCUAAAGCCGGUGGCAUAUUGAUGGACCGCAAAGAUGCCUUAACUAAAAGGCCUUUGGAUUUCGACAGGGAAGAAGAGACUCGUAAAGGCGAAACAAUUAAAUGGCUAGAAUCUCAUUUCGGCAGCGAAUCGACAGCUUCAAACGACUCCCGUGAAGACGAAACGGAUGUCAUUGAACCCACAAAGCGUACUUAUUUCAAUGUAACCAUUAAAUCGAAUCAAAAUCAAUCACCUACCAACAAUACUCCUUACGAGUCUGGCGACAACAAGAAACCAUUUGUAAAACGCAAUGUGGAACCCAUUAAUGGUUCCACUGCCACUACCAAUGGAGCCAAAUACUAUCAGGGCAUCUCGAAUUGGAGUAAUCGCAAAGAACCGAUAGUGCCCGCACCAACUACAACUCCUGCCAAUCAUUUUGCCUCUAAGGCAUUUCGUGAUGAUCUCCAUGCGUCCAUUGAACGUAGCCAAUUGAGAAAAAAUAGCGCCGUUUAUGCCUCAAAGGACAACUUGAAUUCCGAUAAUGCGCCAUAUGUCAAAUCGAACCCCAGCGACAGUUAUGUCAGUCGCGAGGAUAUUCUACAACAAAAACGUCAGAGUCUUUCUUCACAAUUUCUGGCUCGAUCAAGACAAAAUUCCCGCGAUCGUCUAGAUGAUGUUGAUAGAAUUCCCGCCCAGCCUUCCUAUGAGGAUGAUGAGCGUUAUAUAAGCGGGUCACGUACAGAUCUCCAUUAUGGCUUAAAUGUCAAGGAGAAGGAAAAGCGAAGUUAUACCCGCGCAGAGGUAUUGGAUGAACCAGAUUCACCAGCACCACCUCGUAAGGCCUCUUAUGUGGAGGAAAGGGCUAAAAGUUACGAGCGCACAUUUGUGGAGAACAAUCGCUACAAUUCCUUGCAGAGGUCAGACAAAGGUACACCCCAACGUGAAAUCGCCACACUGGAAAGGCCUGUGGUGCCCCAAAGGCGACGCAACGGCGAAAAGAAGCUGAGGCAGCAACACGAACCGGUAAUGCUCGACCUUAAGACGCCCAUGGAAAUAAAUGUUCCACCACCAGACUACUCUCCACCACCGCGUAGUCGUUCAUCUUCACCACACGAUGACUUCCACAAGGUUCGAGCCAAAUCCUAUCCACAUCAGCUGUACACGAACUCAUCGACGCAGGAACAGCUAUCGGCACGGGAAACUAGCACUCUGAUGAGAAAACAAAACCAACGUACCCGAUUUGCUCGCAAUACUCCAUCACCACCACCCAGUGCCGGAAUGCACCACCACCAUCAUCAUCAAAGUCAGACCCUGCGACCCAGCAUGUUGACACAGACCACUCAAACCCAGACAACACCCUCAACCAUCUCUACGUCCACCGUGCAAUCGCAUCGUUCCAGCAAGGUGGGUAGUGCUAUUGGGAAUUCCUUGCGUAAACUGGUUGGCAAACUAAGAUCGGCUAGUGUUGAGCGUAAGUUGCGUAUGAAAUCCAAAUCAAAGUCUCGUGACCACUCCCCAGCUCCGCCAGCAGCCACUUCCGUUGCCCAAAACCAACGUAACAUUACCACCUAUCAACAAUAUAAUGUCAUUGACGGCCACAUAGGUGGUGGAGGAGGAGGGGGAGGUACUCACCACAACACCACCUCACACGAAGAAUCUGAAGAUGAACUGUCCACCCAUCAACGUAUUCAGUAUCAGGCAAGCAAAACGGGUGACAGUGUCUACAGCAACGCUAGUGCUGAUCGCCGAGCUAUGCUGCACUCUACGACCUCGCAUCCGGUGAUGGGUAGUGGUGGGCACCGUGACAAUUAUCGACGACAGGAAAGUCUGGUUAGUCCUAAGCAACGUUACUAUUUGGGAGAGGAUCCAUACUCAAGUACCCUCUAUGGCAAGGAAAAUGUCCAGGACAAUGGCAAGCAACAGCGUAAUGGAGGAACCACCAACAUUCAUUACAAUGGACGUGAAAAUAACUCGACGUCCAGCCACACUCUUGGACGCUAUCAGAAAGGAAAUUCUCGCUUCAGCGGAUCAACGCCAAACUUGAAUUCCGGGUAUCGUACUACCCAGACUUUGCCGCGAAAACUAAACGAACAACAGCAGCCAACCAUCCAUCAGUACGAAACUCAAACCAUGAACAUCUCACGGUCCAAUGUUACGGGGAAGGUUCAGAGCAAACUGCGCCAGCAGCAGCAACAACAGGCCGAACAACGUAUUGCCUAUCAACCGAUUGGGCAAAACACAGGUCCCCUCAAGCCUGCCCGAACCUAUGCCAAAUCGUUGAAUCGCAGCAAAAGUUUCAGUGUUCAUGCAAUGAAUGGCAGCAACGAUCCUAGUCCCAUUUACAUGGAAAAACUGAACGGCAACAGCAACAACAACUAUCACAACAAUCUUCAAUCUAGCCAUGCAUACAAGUCAAAUCCUCAUCUCUACUCUAGCUCAAAGGAAAACAGUAUCCAGCAAACACCACUCAAGAGCCCGUCGAUUGUAAAUUUGAUAAGCAGAAGUCAAAGGGAUCUAACAAAAAUCGGUACCAACGAAGAUGAAUCGGACACCUACGGCGAGAGACAGCCCUAUCCGAAUAAUCGCAAAUACUAUGACGAGAGAAAGGCUACACCACCCUAUAGAUCAGGAUCACACAUCGAUGAGGAAUACAAAUAUCGUGCACCGGGUCACUAUCAUCUUCAACAGAAACAUUCGUUGGAUUCAAGAGGCUCAGUGGAAAUCAAUAAGGAUACUGCCAGCAUUAUACGGCAUGAGGAAUAUGUGCGAUCGAAACGUGCCCCACCACCUGCCGGUUCUACAAUUAUUAAAGUACGCAACAUGGACUAUCGGAAGUAAUGACGAUGUCGACG